UGUAUUCUUAUAGUUUGAUUUAUAGUAGUAGAUUGUAUGUUUAGUGUUAGUAUAUGUAGAUUUCUUUCAAUAUGACAUUGUAGCUCUAUAUUUUUGCUGACUCAUCACAAUGAACGAAUAUGAAAAUUCCGAUAUGGAGGAAGGAUCAAAACCUUGCAGAACUCGAGGAAUAUUUUCACGUCGUGUUCAUCUUCCAUGCUUCUGGCUUGUCUUCUUUAUUCUACUAUUCUUCAUUAUUGUAACUGGUGGAAUUGUGAUGUAUAUCAAAUUAUCGCUUGAAAUUUCUGAAAUUAAGUUGCAAAUGCAAGAACAACAACAGGAAGAUGAUCUAACAUUAGGAAAUCGUGCUGUCGCUGAAACAGAAAAUGCAUUCAUGUCUGCAAGAUCUGCAAAUGGUUUAGAAACUGAGGAUGCCCCAACGGUAGGUGAUCCCUCCACUCCGCGAUCUCGUCGAGAUGCCCAAUCGGAAAGUAGACGAAUACACAGGCAGCAUAAACCCGGAGAGAUCUGUCACCGUGGUCUGCCUGGUAGAGACGGAAGAGAUGGUAGAGAUGGUUCUAUGGGGCCAAGGGGGGAGCAAGGACUUCCUGGUUUGAAAGGGGAUUCCAUUAUUGGUCCCAUGGGUGAAAGAGGACCAAUUGGAAGAACAGGUGAUCGAGGGCCUGCUGGACCACCUGGACCUCAGUUCAAAUUGAAUUUUCUGCAUGCGCAUGGAGAUGGAUCUUCUGGUGUUUCUGUGUCAGAAAGCGGAGUUCUCAAUCACUGGGUAAAAGCUGACUGGAGUUCAGAUACAAAUUACAGAUUAUUCCAACACAACGGUACACUACAAGUUCAAAGUGGUGGUAUAUACUUCAUAUACAGUCAGCUCUUGAGUUCUGAUUUGACAACAAUGUUUACUGAACAUGAAGUUAAAAUUAAUGGACACACUUUUCUGAAAUGUAGACGAAGUACAAAGAUCAGCACUUGUUUUACUUCGGGUGUUCGCAGGCUACAACCAUACGAUGACGUACAAGUUAUUGUCUCUUAUUCCACCACUCGAGUUGACAUGUUGAAAGAUGUGUCAUUCUUCGGAGUUGUUCUUUGGGCAAGUGAUGGCACCAGAGAUGAGCUUUGACACAACUCACAGUUGCCAGUAGGUCUUCGAGAAUCCCAUGUAUGAUGUUUUGACUAUCAUACUUAUCCUGUGAUCUUUAAUUCCUAUUGUCUGGGUUGGGAUUUUGAUUCCUUGAGAAACUCAAAUCAUAUUUUAUCCAGAAAACAUCAGAUUGAACAAUAGUCAUGUUACAUGAUCACUGCCGUAAGAGCUUUUUUAUAUUUUUGCUGCCUUGCGGAGAACUGAAUAUUUUGAGUUCCGGUACUUUUCAGCCUUCGAAUGCUAAUCACUUUUGCUUACGUCACAAGCCAUACAGUUAUCUUCUGUAAUUUUUUUUGCUCGUAAAUUCAAAUUGAUUUUCAUAUUCUUUUACAUUGGUUGAAUCUUAUACCGCUGUUGCUGUUUAGAGAUAUUAUUUAGACAAGAGAUCAAUUCUCACAGAUAUUUUUUUAAACAAUAAACGCCAACAAGGAGAAAAAUUUGUUGUGACUGUACUGUCCUCAUUCAGGCAUACAUCUGUUAUUUGGUGACUCUCAAACCAACUCAACACCCUUAUGGACAAAUCUAGCUCACUUUAACUUCUUUUGACAAAAGAUGUUUUUUUUAUGAUAAUAACAUUUCUCAUAAAGUGACCAGGACUCAAUAUAUCAGUUCUCUGCAAUUUAUUUGCAACACUGUGUCAACUUCACUGCUUCCUUCAUAAUCAUGAGUGCUUUGGUUUGUCAUUUUUUAUAUUAAUCAUAAUUUUUAGGUUUUAGGCACGAAACUGAUCUACAUCUGAUAUUUCAAAAGUUUUAAUGCCAUGACAGACUGCUUUUUUACAUUUUUAUGCAGUUUAUUCAUAUCCAGAGAUUUGUACACAUCCAACAAAAAAUAAACCAAAUUGUUUCACUGUGACAUGAAACUACAACAAGCAAUGAUUACUAAUCAUAGCUUGACAAACUGCCAAAUGAUGAAAUCAUUAACAUGAGCAAAGCAUUGUUUAACAAAUAGAUUUAUAUUCUGCAUAUACUUUUUCUGAAUAAGGGAUGUUUCAUUUAUUUUUUUUAUUUCGAUUUCUAUGAAGAACAAAGAUUAACUGACUUCGAAAUGGGGAUUUACGUCAUAGUACUUUCUGAAAAGAGUGAAAAUAGACAGUCUGGCUGUAGCCCAGGUACCAGGGCUGGAGAGCUCAUUUGAAAUCACAUUUGUCUUCAUUUUUUUUACCUCUGAGCUAGGCUCCAGCCCUGCAAUGGCUCCAUACCCAUUGUGGUUUUGUGGUAUCACUGACCACUAUCAUGAAACAUCAGCCAAAAUAAUGUCUCGCGGAAGCGGGACCCAAGUUCAUGAUAUUAUGGUUCAAAUUAUAAAAUUGAAUAUGUAAAUAUUGCAGAAGAACUUGGGACUUAUACACUAAUAUUAUAAAUUUUAUUUAAGAAACAAUAUUAGCUGAAAAGGAAGUAACAUUAUUUGUAUGGGGUAUUAAAAUAUGGUAAGCUUGGUUCCAACAAGAUAUUGCUUCCCAGCCCUGCUAGUAACCGUACUUUGACCACUUUUUCUCGAAUCAAUGACACACCAAUCAUAAGUCACUCUUUUUGCUCAAUUCAUAGUUGAAUUAUGUCAAUUUCAGAUGCAAGUGACACUCAACUUCAGUAGUUUGGUCUUCAUAUUUAGAGCUACUGUAGUUCCUUCUCAUGUUAUUUAUCUUUCCUCUUUUCGGUAAUUAUUAAAUAAAAUUGUUUCUAUCGCUUUUUUCCCAUAAAGGUGUGAAAUUUUGUGACUCAAUGUUGAUUUUGUGAUCAAUAACCUUGGUCUAUUAUUUCCAACUUCAAUCAUCUUGCAUCCGUGCCUUGUUUACAAAGCUAUUGCAAAAUCCAAUUAUGUUGAACUAGUGCAUCAGUACAUCCUAAAUCAUGCUUGUUUUUGUAAUUUCAAUCAUAUUUUGUUAGGUUUUAGUGAUUUUCAACAACAGUUGGCUUUUUUGUAUCUACAUCCAGAUUUUGUACCUGAUUUCUAGUACAAUGCUGGCUUAUCUGUUUUACAAUCUAUUAUUUUUUUUAUCUUUGACAAUUUUUUAGCUUUUUUACUGAGCUGGUAUAUUUUACUUUAAAAUGACUUCGGUUCCUGACAUUGUCUUUUGUUAUAUACUUGCAUGAGCAUUAUUUUUUCCGAAUACCUGAUUUUUGUAAUAAGUUCCAGCUCAAGCUGGGCACAUUUGUAACGUCAAGAUUUCAGAUUUUUACUGACAACUCAUCUAGAUGGGAACAUAAAUAAUGCAGUGUUCACUUUACUUAUUUUUGAAGUUAUGGUUCAAAAUUGCCAGGUUAAAAAGGUAAUUUGGUAUGUGGUAGAAUUAUAAAAAUUGAACACAUACGAAAUAUAGUUUAAAUAAUGUUGGGCACUCUCAUGAAUACUCCAAUACCACAGUUUCUAUAGUGUUUUUUGAAUUUAUUCUCUAGUGCCCGGUUUUAACACAAUGAAAUUCCUUGAUUGUUCCAUUUUUUAAUAAUACUUUCAUUGUUUCAUUAGUUUGUGAAACAAAAAAAUGAUUUAUAAGGUU